GCCCAGGGCGGGCCUGCCCGCCCGCCCGCCCGGGGCCGGCUCCGCAGCGGCGGCCGUAGUUGCAGCCGCCGCUCGUUGCAGCGCCGGCGCCGAUGCCUCCUGCGGCGGCCCGGCAGGGAAGAUGGCGCCGUCCCACGUCUUCAAGUGUUGCCAGAGGGUGUUGGCUUGGGUGCCCGUGGCCUUCAUCGCCCUGGUCGUGGCCUGGUCCUACUACGCCUACGUGGUGGAGCUGUGUGUGUUUACUAUUUCUUCAACUGCAGAAAAAGUUGUCUACCUUGUGGUUUUUCAUCUGUCAUUUGUCAUGUUUGUGUGGUCCUAUUGGAAGACAAUUUUCACAUGUCCUGCAUCCCCCUCUACUGAGUUCUGCUUGUCAAAAGCUGAUAAAGAACAGUAUGAAAAAGAAGAGAGACCAGAAUCCCAGCAGGAGAUUUUGAGAAAAGCUGCUAAAGACUUGCCUAUCUAUACGACAACAGCAUCGAGAGCAAUCAGAUACUGUGAUCGAUGCCAGCUAAUCAAACCUGACCGCUGCCACCACUGUUCUGCAUGCGACAUAUGCGUACUAAAAAUGGACCACCACUGUCCAUGGGUGAAUAAUUGUGUGGGAUUUUCUAACUACAAAUUCUUCCUCCUGUUUUUAAUGUAUUCCUUACUGUACUGUCUGUUUGUUGCCGCUACAGUCUUGCAGUACUUCAUAAAGUUUUGGACAAAUGAAUUGCCAGAUACACAUGCAAAAUUCCACGUACUAUUCCUUUUCUUUGUGGCAGCCAUGUUCUUCAUCAGCAUACUGUCACUCUUCAGCUACCACUGCUGGCUAGUUGGCAAAAACAGAUCAACCAUAGAAACAUUCCGUGCACCCACAUUUCGAAAUGGCCCUGAUAAAAAUGGUUUUUCUCUUGGAUGCAGCAAAAAUCUGAGGGAGGUUUUUGGAGAUGAAAAGAAGUAUUGGCUACUCCCUAUCUUUACCAGUUUGGGUGAUGGGUGUAAUUUUCCAACUCGUUUGGUGAUUAUGGAUCCAGAGCAACUUACUGUCACAAGCCAAAAUGAACCUGCCAAAAGCUCUGGAGCAAAUCAGUCCUUUCCUACUCGACCACUCAGUGAAUCACAAAAUCGAUUGCUAGCCAGUGACAGUCAGUGGAUGGAAGGUGGCCCUGAAGAGGAAAAUGUUAAAUCAGGUGCAAAAAAGCAUAUUAUAGUUUCAUUGGAAAGCUGAUCUCAGCUUAUUACUAACCAACCAUCUCAAUGAGAAACAGGUUACUGCAACAUAUUUUGUGCUUGAAUAUUACUUAAUUUUGUUUGGAAGAAGUUGAUCAGUAGAAAAUGGAACAUGAACAUUUUUAGGAAGAGACAAGUUCAAGUUUCUGCACAGUACAAUGGAUUCUUGUAAGCACUAUUGCAGAGCAGGGAAGUUAAGACAGAUGCCUUAAGAUUCUUAAUGUGCAUUUAUGCAACACUGAAUUACAUACUGCUACCAAAGGGCCAAAUCCUGAAGUGCCCUGCUUGGAUGCACAAGGCCCAGAGUGGGAACUAUGCAUUUCUGUUAUGCUGCAGUGGUGGGGGUAGAUUGCAGAGACUCCUACCUCCCCACGGGCAAACUUCACACCUUAGACACUGCAAAAGUCACUUGCAUAGCAGGCCUUCAGGGUACAGAAAGAAAGAAAAAAGGAAAAGAAAAAAGAAAAAAAAGGGGAGGGGGAAUUCAACGUAGAGCAUGGCUAGUGAAUCUGAAGUGUGACUAUACAUAGUUCAAACACCAGGUGAUGGGGAAGGGACUGCAUGAUGUCUUCUCCCCUCUUCCUAUUAACCAGUCUACCCCUUGAUCAUAGCUUUCCAAGUCUUUCAGGACUGAGGAUUCCUUCUACUCACUGUGCUUUGGAGCAAGGCAAUGCCAACAAUGUAAAAGCCUUUUACUUGGGUGUUGCUUUUUUUUGCUAUUGGAUUGAGCCCCCUCAUCAUUUUAACUUGAUUUAUUUAACUAUAUCAAGAACAGAGCUCAAAGAAGCAAACUCAGUUUUUAGUUGAAAAAACAUGGAGUAUUACUUUCCAACGCUUGUCUAUCAGCAUACAAAGAAAAGCCAAUCCAAAAAGAAUUUAACAAUUGUUACAUUUUCUGUUAAUGUUUGCAGUGUUCUAUAUGAGGCAGUAACAAAAUGGUAAAGUACCCACGAGAAAAACAGUAUUGCAGUUGUGUGUUGUUAGAAAAUGGAAGUGGAAGAGUACUGCUUAUUCUGUGAGACUCUUAAUGGUUUAUAAAUACUGUUUUAUGCUUUUGUUUUAUCUUUUUAAUAAAGGCAGAAGUUUUUAUUGGUUCUAAAGUACCAUUUAAACAAAUAUCAAGUACUUACAAGAAAAUUAGUGCUGAAUCAUACAUCUGUGUUAACACACUGAAAAAUUGUGUGCUUUAGUCUGCCACUUUCAAGUCCAGUUAAAUGGAUGCUGCAAUUGCUAAAGAUUGAGUGCUUUCUGCAGUGAUGUACCUGUUCGCAAAAGGCAAAAUGUGUUUUUUGUGUGAGGAAUAAAGUCCAUCCUAAGCUCAAGACCUACUGCAAACAACAUGGGGGUUUUCCCCCUCACUCCUCUAUAACGAAGACUGCUAACUCAUCUGUGGGUGGUAUUGGAAUUUUGCACCUGGAAAAGUGAUAAAUACUGUUUUCCUGUCUGUAACUUUUCCGAUGUUCAGCUGAUGUUGAUUACUAAUAGACAUGAGCCCUUUUCAUACAGACUGAUGGUCUGGACCAUAAGAACCUGUUCAGUUUCUCUCCUGGACUGACUGCUACUCAAGUCAAAUAUGUUUAUGAUGGAGGUACUAAGGUAUCAAGUAUACUGUAAGGUUUGAAACAAGGGGUUUUUUUGUCUUUUGAAAGAAUAAAUUUUUCUUAAAUAUUAAUCUUCUAGAACAAGGACGCUUUGAGAACCUAUGAAUAUGAUUUGGUCACUGUUGGAUGUUCUUGAGACAGAAGUAAUGGUCCAAACUUGCAUGUUUUAUAAAAGUUGCAGAAUGUUUCUUCAAGCUUUGUACAAGAAACUUUGCAUUUGCUAAUUUCAAAACUUAGAAAAACAUUUGCUAGACAUUAAUCUGAAAGGUUUAGCUUUUUCCUUCUCAAAUGUCAAGUGAGAAGUGUUCAUCUGAAUAUAAGCUCUCAGCAGUACUGCACUAGCAAAAUUUCUUGGAGAAGACAUCAGAGACAGAAGACUGCAAAUGCAAUACCAAAAUUUGCAGCCCCAAAUACUGGUGGAACUGUAAUGGAGGGCCCAGGAUGUCAUCUGACUUUCACUGCAUCAGUGCAGCUGAGAUAACAUAUACAUGCCCAGUCAUAGUCUAGCAGAACUGUAUGCAAAAUCCAUGUCUCUAAUGUGGUAAAUAGCACUGAUUCAGCCAUAGGUAUAUCUGAUGGACAUUUUUGUGGCUUUUCAUGAAGAGCUGAUGUUUCUGACAUGUUUAUGCAGAUCAUGGGUACAUUUUGUCCCAGAGUUUCCUGUGUUUCGGACAAGAGGAGAGCAGUGUGCUUAGGAUACUUUUGAGGCCAGAGUUCCUGUUGCUGUAAAAGGAGGCAUUACUGAAAAGUCUUUGUCAAGUCCCUUUGACAAACAUGAAACAUAUUAAAAUUAUUCAACUACUCCCCCCUGCCCCGAGAACUGGUUACUAAAAGAAACCCCAGACUGGUAGAAAGGGAUUAAGUUCUCUAAGGGAAUUGUAUUGAUGAACUGUAAGGGCCCACCAGUGAAAGGGAUGGGGGGGGGGGGGCAAGUUUUCCUGGCAGGCCCCAGCUGCGGAGGGGGUAUCGCAUCAAAGGCGGUAGGAUGACAUCUUCUGCUCUUUCACAGCCCUGUCCUGAGAGGUCUCUAGCCAGCAGCAAGGGCACUCUGUGCUGAUUAAAGAGUAGGACUGGCAAAACAAGGGAGCAAGCCAGGAAUUAAAAAGUUGGUGAGGACAAGCAGCUAUUUGGCUGUUGAGCCGCAAGCAGGUGGGUAUGGCUGCCAGCAGAGACGGGGCUGUAGGGGUGCUCCAGGAAGCGGGUCCCUUUGGCCCAUGCACUGAAGAGCUGAAAACGUCCAGUGACUGCAGCGAGAAGAGCAGCCCUGCCUGUCCUGGCCAGAAGGAAGAUGGAGCCUGAGAAAAUAACUGCUUAGGGUGCUGGGUCACAUUGUACGUGCUGGUUUUGUGCUUUAACCUACUCUGUAUCAGCAAGUCUUGAAAAUACCUACAUACAUAACAGCCCUUAAGCUUUUUAGAUCCAUCAAAUUAUUGUUAUUGCAAGCCGUAAAUAGUAUUGUAGUUAAUGCAGGAUAGUUGACAUUGGCUGCAAUUAGAAACUCUGCUUUAGUACUUAUUACUGCUUUUUUUCUUUAAAAACAAAACCCACACAUGAGUCAUGCACACAAAAUGACAUUAAACUCCAUGUGUGAGGACAGAAGUGUGACGUAGGGCAAGAUUUCAGUGUGAUUUUUCCUUGAGAUUCCUGAAAUGUCUUAAGGUGAUAAACCUGUCCCUGUGAAGAUGAGGCAGGGAGAUGCAUAAAUAGAAAAUACUUAAAACUACAGUUAAUCCUGCUUUUUUUCUUACGAUGAUCUAUUCACAGACUGUAUAACAUACGCAUCGUUGCUGCUCCUUCCAAAGGCAUAUUAUGGGAGGAGAGCAGGAAGAGGGGCAGGUUUCCAUCGUAACUCACUUCCUACAGCGUUACCCUGAGAUUCCAGUGUCACAAGUUAGAUACAUCAUAAACCUUUGAUUAAAAACUUCCACUUGAAAUAUUCAGAGGGUUAUUUUAGAGGCAGUUUGGGCACUUUUAGUGAUUUGAGUAGAAGUUAUAGUAAUGUUUUUGUUAAAGCUGCCCCUUGAGUGUGGAAUUUGCAGGUACCAAGCUCCGUUUGGUAUGCUGUUCUUAGAAACUGGGCCUGUUCUCCUGAGUGCUAAAUGCCUGCAGUUUUCAGGUACUGUUUUUCCGUCAUUUGAUGUUGUGUGGCUCUUCUCAAUUGGAAAUCCUCUUUGGGGCUUUGGAGGUUUUGAUGAAGUUCAAUACUAUUCGAUACCCCCUCAAAGAACUCCCUGAAGUGGGGUCCGGUUGUGGCUCACCAGAGCCCCAAGAGGAGGAAAAAAAGCAGCGUUUGCAGCAGUGUCAGUGUCUGGCAGAUGUACCAAGAGAGGCAUUGACUCUGACAUCAAUUAACCAGAUCUGCCUGGAUCUGGAGCACUGACUGACCAUAUUUAUUAAAAAAUAAAAAUAAAUAAAACCCCUUUGAGCUUCAUAGUGUAUGUUUUUUGAGAACACCAUUAAGAUUGUACAUAAUUGGGAGAUUCAGGUAUACGUUUACAGAGGCUCCAAGUAGUGGCUACUUUAACUGUCAGUGCAGAUCAAGAACACGUCUGUCACAGUACCUAAAAACCAGCUAGGUAUGCAACAUCAGAGGCUCUUCUAUCUAAAUGGCACCAAAGAGCAGCUGCAUAUCAAGUGAUUUGUUAUAAUACUGAACACAUUUCCUACACUCAUUUCUAUCAAUUUAUUUUGUAUAUAUAGCUUUUUAUAUGCAUUUUUCUUAAUUACAUAACUGUCAUGAAAUGUAAUGAAGCUGCAAGUUGUAGUUAGUUUUAAUGCUGAUUAAAACUGAUGUUUGGCUGUUUGUUUUCUGCAGCAAUUACUUGAAUCUUGUUUCCAUGAGGUAGUAAAGUCUGAUAAUGUUUACAGGAUUGCUUGCUUUGUUUUGGGGGCAUUUGCCCUUCUUUCUUCCGACUUCCUCCCCCAAGAAACAGAGAGCACACGCUCAGCAGUCAAGCAGAUGUCUUGGGGAUGAAGUAUUAGGGUCACCUUUAUCGGCACCAAAGCAUUAAUGGUGACAGGCAGCUUCCCUUCUGUUUACAUUGCUUAGCGUGUUCCUCUCUAAUUUCUCCUGUCCCUUAACCUGUUAUCAGCUUUAUUGCAAGAAACUUAAAUCUUUCUGAACAGCAAUUUACAAUCAUAAAAAUAUUACAGAAGGAGGCAGCGUUCCUGCUGUUGAGCCUGUCCCCCUCUCCCUGCCCCCUUUUUAACAUCCCUGGGUUAGCUCUGCAAUUAUUUUUGUAUCUGCAAGCAAGGGUCAUCAACAUUUGCACUAAUCACAAUGUCCCAGCUGUUCUACUUCCAGUUAUUUUUAAUUGUGCUGCCUACACUUGUAAUGAGCUGUAUUUAAGUCUGAGGUGAAGUGUAAAAGAUCUAUGUAAUAACGACACAUUUAUUGUAUUUUUUGUAUGUUACAGAUAGGCCUAGUCCUAUGCACAGAGAAAACAUGAUGCCAUUUAUAGUUUAAUACUUGAAGUAACUUUUUAAAAUGGGCUUUUAUAAAUGAAUUAAAUAAUACAAAAAUCACAUUACUUUGCCGGAAGUUCCUUCAUGUUUUAAUUAUAUUGUGCAAUUUCCCCGUAUGUAUACUUUUUCAUAAAUGUUAUUAUCUUAAGCCAUUUAUAAUCAUUGAAAAGUACAUUCAGGAUUUUGUAACUCAGUGUUCAGACCUGUUCAUACUUCUCUGAAGUAUAAUUCAUGUUUAAAUAAAAAAGUUGUACCAUUUUAGGCCUCUUUUCCAAAGUGGUAAAAUAUGAAUGGAUUUGACACUUGAAUUCACCAGUGAAUGCAACAUCAACUUAAUAAAAGUACGUGAAAGAA